AAUAACCGUGUUCACCUCUUGUUUAUCAGCUGGUUUUUCACAUUUCAAUGUAUCUGACACUCACAAAGAUAAUCCGAUUACGUCAGCUUUACAAAUUUUAUCAUUUUUUACCUAUAAUACAUAUUAUUGAUUUUACCUGUUACCUCUGAACUUUGACGUCUAACGGUAUUACACCUGGCUGUUUAUAUACGUCCUUGUUGCGGAAACAAGGAUACACGUUUUUAAUGUGAGGAUCUAUUUUAUUUGUGGAUUUUAAGUGCAGAGGGAAACAUGAAGGAUACCGACGAGACCCACAAGUUAACGGAGACAAUUUAUAAGGGUUUAACAGACAAUUUUACACCGGGUGUACGACAGAUUAUAUUAGCAGGGAAAGUUUAUCAUAAGGCGUUGGUUGGUGUAACAGCGGCUGCAAGAACAUACAAUGAAGUGUUGUUACGGGUAGGACAGACCGCCCGGACCACAUGUAAAGGAGGGACAGAAGAUAUAGGUGAAGCUAUAUAUCAGAUUGCCGAAGCUCAAAAAGAAAUCCAGUCAAGAAUCGAGGAAAAUAGCAAAGCUUUGUUCUCAGAACUUAUUCUUCCCUUGGAGCAGAGAUUAGAAAAUGACUUUAAAAGAUCUGCGGCACAACACAGAAGAUACACUCAAGGUCACAAAGCUGCCAUUAGUCCAUAUGUCAAGGCCAGUGAUAAUCUGAAAAAGUUCAGGAAGAAAACAAAGAAUAAAGUGGUAUAUGAUGACCAAAAAGAAGCUCAUUACAUAAACGCAUUAGAAAGAUGUCAUGAAAAAUUAUAUGAAUACAGAGUACAGGGUUUAAAACUGGCUUUAUUAGAGGACAGAAAAUGUCACUGUUUCUUAUUAGACCGACUCAGUGCAGUAGCUUAUUUAUAUGCAAAUCAUCACAAACAGUCUGCAGACACCUUACUGGCUGGUUUGCCUCAAUGGAAACAGUUGUCAUCACGACCUCAGAUUUUACCUCCAGAGGCAGAAAGAUUUCUUUAUCAAACAAAGGAAGAAGUAGGCAAUGGCAGUGUAUACUGGGGAAAUGGACAUCUAGCUGACGAGACAAGAUCUCUUGGUAGUCCAUACAGACGGUCCAAUAGUGCUCAUGAUAUGCAGCGGAGACCUGUGUCAGAAUAUGCUAGUCCGGAAUCCUUUUAUGCUGGAAACUUUGGUGCUAAAACAAUGCCACAUUCUCGUGGCAUAAGUGUGCCACCAGCAGCUCCCCCUGGUACCACGCAGGUUCGUGCAAUUUACAGUCAUGUUGGAGAGGGAGAUAAAAAAUUAAGUUUUACAGAAGGUGAUCUGAUAAAUGUGAUAGGUGAACCGGCAGAGGGUUGGCAAUAUGGUGUUAAUACUCGUAGUGGACAAUAUGGAUGGUUUCCAAUGUCCUUCACAGAACCUACUGUUUCUCCUCCAAGAGAACCACCUCCUCAGUUAAAUGGGAGAGUAAAGAGUAUGGGUGAUCUGUUAGAUAACAGGUCCUUAUCAGACCAUGGUGAUUUCCUCAUGGAUGAUGUUCCAGGGAGAACCUCACGACCAAAAUCUAUGUACGAGGGCUCAAAUCUCAGACUUGUAAAUGCCACAAAUCAGCCGUAUGGUGACUGGGUUGAUUACCCUCCUGUACACCAGGGUUAUUACUCCCUACCGCGGCAUCCAGCUGAUGCCAGACAGUAUCAUACCCAUUAUUCUCAACAACCACCUCUUUCUCAGUUACAGCAACGAGGCCAUAACAUGGGACACUCUGCACCCUCACCCCCACUUCCUCCCCCUCCGCCUCCAAUCAUUACUAAUUCUAACCCAGCUACAUCUCUUGCCACUCUGUUCUCUGCCAGUCGCCUUCCUUCUCCUGCCCUAAGCAGGAAACCAAGCUUCCAUGCACCAUCUCAUGGCACUGCUAUCCCCCCAGCACCAUCUCACGGCACUGCUGUCCCUCCAGCACCUCCUAUACCUACUGCCCCUCCUCCCCCUCCUCUACCUGGGGCACAGUCUAAAUCUUCUGUCAUUUCUCAGAAUGGAGCAGCGUACAGCAAUCGACAACAGAUGAGCCAGCCACCCCCAGCUCCACCACCACCUCCUCCUGGACCGGGACCAAAGAUGGCGCCACCAAGUACUCCAGUAGCAGACUACAAUCACACAGAAGAAGAUAGUGCAAAGUAUUACAAUUUGCACAGAUGAACAAAAAAUUGUGAAAAAUGACCAGUAUUCAAGAAAAAUCCUAAGUUUGCUGGAAUACAACUUCGGAAGACUGAAACAAAGGACAGAUCUGCACCAAAGAUUUGAUUGACUGCUAAUACCUGUAUAAACUUUGUGAAGUUUUCUUGCUCAGAGAAAUGUUUUGUGAGAUGACUGUUAAAUGCCUUUAGACUAACCUGGUACAGAUAUAUCCAAUUUACAGAAGACUUUAUUGAAUGUUCUUUGUUGGAACCAUCAACAUCCUAGACUUAAACAUUUAGAUAUAUCAUAUGUUAAGAUUGAUGAAAACCAACAGUCAGCAUGUGACUGAAUUCAACCUUUGAAUCUGACAGUCAGUUCUCAAAUGAGGAGACUCAUUAAAAUCUAAAAAAUGGCCAAAAUGAUAUGACCUUGAGGAUUAGCACAGAUGAAGAUCAUGUGUAUAUGUUUGACAUCUCUUCUACCACCAACAAUUAUUAUUCAACAUGUAUGACAAUUUGUUGUUUUGAAAUUGAGAACCAUAAUUUAGCUUUGUUUUCAUAGAACUUUCAAAGUUCUAAACUAGUUCAGACUUUUUAAUGAUGAAAUUUUAUUAAAAAUUGUGGUUUUCAGACUGAAGGUUCUUAUGAACGGUUGUUUAUUAUACAUAUAUGUUAAUAAGAUUUAGGCAUAUUAUUUUUAUUGUAUUAUAUUGUUAUAUUUGAUAUUUGUAAAUUGGUGCUUGGUUGAUAUAAUGUACUUUUUUACCAUUGGUUUGCUCAACUUAUUAAAAAGGGUCACAUAUGGAUACAGCCAAAGUGAGAACUAGUUACAUUUACAUGUGAUUAAUAUUUCUUAAAAUAAGGAUUAUAAAUGUUGCUCCUUUCAAUAAUUUAUAAGAUCUUUGUUUAAUUGUACAGGUAGUUGUUUAAAACUUAUUAUAUAUAGAAAUUUACAAGAUUUGCUGACAUUAAAUGGACAAUUAUCUCCCUUUAUCAUGUUUGACAAGGGAGAUAAUUUGACAUACAUUAUAGCUGAGGAAAUUUUGUGCAUUCACUAUAUGAAAGCUCAGCAUAAUGUUUUUUAAAAGCAAUCUAAAUCUCAAAGAUCAUAUAAGUUUUAAAAGCAUUACUUCUUUUUUAUUUUAUAUUGAUCUUUUUAAAAAGAAGUGUAAAAAUGAACCUUUUGCAAAAUGUUGAUAUAGAUUGGUGAAAGUAAUUCUCACUUCAUGUAUUUGAAUAAUUUGUAAAAAUGUAUGUUUAUUAGUAAAAUUUAUUAAAUUUCUCAUGUAUUUACCAAAGAAGGGUUGUAUUGUUUCAUUGUUUUAUUGUUUGUGUGUGAAUAUAAGACUGAAGUAUUUCAUAGUCACAUGAAAAAUUUUAAAUCUUUUACUGAUGAAAAUUAACUAUCUGGUCAUGAUCGGAAUGUGUUUUAAUAAUAACACAAGAAAUAUAAACAUCAGAAGAGAGGCAUGUUGUCAUGUAUGUCCUGGGAGUGAAAAAACAGUUACUAUAUGUGAGGGUAGGUUUUUUAAUACAAAAUUAAGUCUUUGAAUAGUUUUCUGUUAUACCUUAUCACUGUUGGGUUUGAAUAGAAUAAAACUUUCACAAACUCUCUUGAAUAAACUUGCAUAAGCAUCCUGUACCUGUGAAAAAUUGGCAUUAUUAUGAAGCUUAUAACCAUAAUCUAGGAUGGGAAUUAUGCUUGGAUGCCCUGCUGGUACAUCAGAAUUUGUCAAAAUUUUCAAUUUAAUUAUUCGUUUUAGAAAACCUCAUUUUAGACAAUUUGGAUGGUCCUGAGUUUAUGUGAAUUGACAUGAUUAUAGUCAAUGGUUUAACUUAUAAAUGAGUAUGGAAUACCUCAGUCUUCCAAGAGGAUUUUGUUUAUGUUGUUUAUAAUGUAAUAUAUUUAUUUAUUUACUACAAAUAUAUAUAUUGUUGAUUUGUUUAAUAAGCUAUAUAGUAUACCGGUAUAAUUUGUUAUUUCAGCUUGCUUAUUGCUUUUGUAUGACAUCUUUACAGCAUAUCUGCUAAUCACCAUGUACAUACCAUCAGAUAAUGAAAAUCUUUUUUUACUUGUUUAAAGUUGUUUUCCAUAGAAUAAGGGACAAUCCUGUGCCCCUUUUAGCAAGUUGAUGUUUAUCUUAUUUGUUUUGGGCCCAUGCAACAAACAUAUUGUUUUACCCCUGUCUGUCAAUCUAAUUAAAGAUAACAUGGUUUGUCUAUACAUCUCCAGCAGCUUUCUUUAAUAGAAUUAGUCUUUGGCAUUAUGUUAAUGCCUAUGCUUAAGUUCCUCUUUUUUGUUAUCAGAUUUUAAGGUGGUGCCCAAAACUUGCACUAAAAUUACUUUGGCUAGUUUAAUUUUCAUAAAACUUUGUCAAAGUACUGACUUUGACCCUUUAACAAAAAUAUAAAAAUUUCAAAAAUUUUGAACCAACCGUUCAAAAAUUACACUGUUUAUAUAGCAGUUUGACAAACACCAAUUUUGAUCAUUGAGAAGCUUAAAAUUCCUUUAACAACACAAUGUAAUUAAAAUGUUUAGUUGACUUUACAGAGUUAUCUCCCUGUAGUGUUAGGUACUACCUUAAAUGUCAGGCAGAUGAUAUUAGUCAUUUCUUUAAAUAUUGUUUGUCUUCUCCUACAGUGGUUUAUGGAUAGCUACAUAUGUUUUUAUUUGCUCAAUUUCCAAGCUGAAAUAUUUUUAUCUUGAAGAGUUUUUGGUGUAUUUUCAGGGUAAAUUGUUUAAAUGUAUUUAGUAUAGUCCAUUCCUUCUAUGCAUGUAUAUUGUGACAACUGACCUUUUUUUCUUAAAAAUCCUGUGCAAAAAGCUUUAUAGCUUUGAUUUUUGUCUAUCAGUGUAGUUUAAACAUAUUUUAUUGUUCCAAAUAAAAAAAGAGACAAAUGGAUUAGACACAAGUUUUUCAACUUAGUAAUGUCUUCUCAAAAAGUCUAUCAGUGUAGCCAUGAGCUUAAAAAUAGUUUUAAAAACAUCUCGUUUCAAGAAGAUUUUUUUACUAUAAUCGAUCUGUUUCUGGGGGCCUGCAGCCACCCAAGACACCCUGCUUACUAUUUAUGUUCUAUAGCAACUGUCUACUGUUGCGAAUUUAUCCCUUCAGUUACAAAUUAAAGUAUUUCAUUUAAAAAAAUGUUCUGUUUUGAGAUCUGAAAUUUAACAUUUUUGUGUUGUACCUUUAUAUUUUGUAAUGCAUGUUAUUUUUUCAUUUAAGAAUUGAAUGCUUCUUUUUGUAAAUUUAUUGGGAUGUAAAAGCGUUGACCGAAGUACAUUUUGUAUGAAGCGCUUCCGCGCUUCAUUCUAAAAAUGUGCGCACGAUCAACGCUUUUACAACCCUAUAAAGUUACAAAAAGAAGCAUUCAAUACUUAUAACUACAUUUUUAGCUAGGAUCAUGAAAGCACGAUUUUUAUCCAGUUUUAUCUAAUUCACCUGUGCACUUUAUUGUGGGACCUCGUGUCAAUGCAUGAUAAAUUUUAUUGUCUAAUGCAAUUGUUUACGGAAUAACAUGUGAUGUGCAGUUAGCCAAUCAGAAUAACGUAUUAUAAUGAAACUUACAUCUAAUGUAAUUAUUACUUAAUGAACAUUGGUUUAAUUUCCUUGUAAUUCAUAUAACUUUGUUCUGUACGAAGAAAAGAGAAUAUUUAAGAGGCUAUGACUUACACUUUUAUUCGAUGUCAGGAAAUGUUAAUUUGGAAAGACUUCCUACAGUAAUUGCUCAAAGUGUUACGGUGAAAGACAGUGAUGAACUACAUAAUUUCUGGUGUCAAUUUUACAUUACAGAAUAUUAAGCAUUCUAUAUUUGUUGCAGCAUUAAUGUGUAGUGUUGUAAUAUCUCUACUUGCCAAAACCUUGUUUAUAUUCAUACCAUUCAUUAAAUUUAUGUAAAAAUUA